AUGCAUAUAUACAAUAGAACACUACUGCGCACGAAAUCUGUUCGCAGCGAAGCAGCCGAAUCAUCGAGUACGACGUCAGGGUUUGAUUAUGCAGAGGGAUACCUCGCAGUUUUAAACUAUUCAGCAUGGAAUGUUCGCGAAAUGGGCGGAGCACCGUAUCUGCCAACUGCAGCGGCAGCACUUUAUAGAGGGCUAGGCAUAGACUGGAAAGGGGAGGGGGGAGGGGAAGGGGGAGAAGCGCGCGUUCGCGAAGAAUUUUCCCGAAAGAAAUUGGCAAAUUUAAUUUUAGCAAAUAGGAAAUCCUAA